AUGUGUUUGGUUGAAUUGAGUGAAUUCUGGGUAGAUGACGGCUUAGAGGAAUUGCAGCGUCACACAUAUUUGGCUUGGUUUUAUCGGGACGGGUUGGAGUUAAUCGGUCCAAUCCGGGAUUUUGAGGGUCAACAGCACGAGAAUGAGGAUGCCGUAGAUUGGGAGCCCGGGGACGUGUAUGCUCCCGAUGGUGAGAUUCUGGGCCUUGAGGAUCCCCUGGGGAACCCUAGCCCCGAACCCGAGCCCAUACCAGAACCUGUAGCGCUUGCAGAUCUUGAGCUCGAAGAUGAAUUUGAGGAGUACAAACCUGAAGAAGAGCCCGAGCCCGUGCCAGAGCCCAUGGAGCCUGAGCCCGAGGAAGAGCCGGGUAACGAGGAGGAGCUGAUCGAGAUCAACUCUGACUCGGAGUCCGAGUCUUCAGGGUCUGAUUCAGAUUGGGUGUCGUAG